CUCUCCUCCACUCCACGUCCAGUUCAAUACGAUUAACUCUUCUCACACAGAGGCUCUGCUACGUUUCCUGGAUGAUUUAAGACCUGCAGACCCUCUCGAGGUUUCACUGACAGUUACACUAUUCUGGAAAUGAACAUGUCGGGGAUGAAUAGUGAUCAGCUGCACCGCUCCACCUUGGGGAUUUAUUCGAGCUUGAUGGAUGACUUCAACCCGAGCCUACAGAAACUGGUUUUACUGGGAAACAGCUACGUCCAAGCCUUCCAGGCUCUGGCUGUAACGAGCGAGGCCUACUUCAGUGCACUUUCACAGAUUGGAGAGAAGGCUCUGCACACCAUUUCCUCACACUCCUUAGGUGACGUCCUGAUUCAGAUCUCUGAGAACCAAAGAAGACUCACCGCUGAGCUGGAGGGAGUAUUCCGCUGGUUCAGUGUGGAGGUUCUUCAGGAGAUGGAUAACAACAUUAGACUGGACAGAGAUUACAUAUCAGGCAGCAGGAAGCACUACGAGAUGGAGGUCCACACACAGGCAGCGGCUCUGGAGAGACAGCUGCGGAGAGGAGCCAAUCAGGAUUGCAGUGAGUAUAUGCAGUUCCUCAGGGAGAGCCACUGCGAGGCUCUGAAGGAGGAGGAGAGACGAUACCGCUUUCUGUCUGAGAAACACUGCGGCCUGAUACAAUCCUUCGCCCACCUCAUGGAUAAGACAGGAGGUUCUCUCCAGCAGAGAGCUGCAGCCUGGACGGAGGAGGCGGACGCCACCAGAGGACCCGAGGCCAGACGACCCACUUCUACAGACAACUCUGUGAGGAUGAAGGAGGAGGAGAUGAGGAAGAGCAGAGAGGAGCUGACCCUUGGCAGCAUACCAUCAAGAGCGCCGUCUCCCCAGGGAAGCAUUUCUCGCUCUACAGGAGGAAGAUCCACAAGAGCGCGGGUGGCCCACCAGCCUGGUGGCUCCAACCCCACCCUGCUGGCCUUCAGCAGGGGAGAGAUGAUCACUGUGCUGGUUCAUCAGCCCAGGAACGGCUGGCUGUACGGACGUGCUGAUAGCAGUUCACGUCAGGGAUGGUUUCCAGCCGACUUUGUGGAAGCAGUGGACAAUCCUCCAAAGACGAGCAGCUCUGGUGGCUCCUCUCAUCGAAGCAACAGCAGCAUUAGCAGCAUGAGCAGCCUGCUCAACCAAUCGUGGAGCAGCAGCCACAGCGCAGCCCCGCCCCCUCCACCUCCACCGCCUCCACCUUCAAAUAGACAGUACGAGAUGAGACCAGUUGCACCGACUGCUGACAAUAGGAGUUAUGAGUCUAAUUCAGAAAACAAGAGAUCAAAACCACCUGGAUCACAACCAGAACUCUUCCCGAGGGGUACCAACCCAUUUGCCACAGUUAAGCUGAGGCCCACGUCCACCAAUGACAGAUCGGCCCCACAUCUGUAUCGAUGAUGACAUCUUUACCCUGAAACAAGCGCUUUUGUCAAGCUUUACGUUUCAUUCUUGACCUUGGAAAUAGGAGAAAAUAAGUAUGUCUGGUCCAAUGUCAGUAAGCAGACCUUCAGUGGACCUGGUGUUUGUCAUACACACUGAUUGCCAUAUUGUCCUUGUGCAUAGAUGCACACAAGGUUGGAGAAAGAGGACAAAAAAAUGUAUUAAUAUUGUAUAAUUCUUGGGGUCACACAAGGACUGUAGAUGUAUAUUAUUUAGAUCUUGGUAAACCAACAAUUUUGUUGUUGAUUUUUUAAUAAUUGGCUCUGUUUUUGUGAUUUGUAAGAUAGUAAAAAUGAAUCACUGUGAUACAAACAUGUUUAUGUAACAUGAACUUACAUGUGCAUUGAUCUUAGCUGGUUUUAAAUCCUUAUUACUGCUCUGACAUGUUUGAUUUAUUGGUACUGUAAUUCUGACAACAAAUGAUAUUUAAAUAACUCAUUACUGUAUAUUAUUGUCCAUUUGGAAAUAAAUGCCUAUUGUCUAUGAUGUGUUUAUAGUGUAAAUGUACAGCCCAGUAAAAUGUUGGCAUUGUAUGUUUCUGCAAACCACGGAUACAUUACAUUCCUAUAUUAGUAUGUGGCAGAUACGUUGAAACUUUAUUUUCAACAAUGCUUCAGCUAAUGUGUGGUUAGGCUUUGACACAAAAACCACUUGAGUGUAAUUAGGAAAAUGUUUUGGCUUGAAAUACCCACUGUUUGUGGCACUAUCAUAGCUGAAAAACAGCAAAGGGUUGCUAAAAAAGAUCAGUUAUGUUGCUCAAAAAUGCUUGAAAAACAGCAGCAACACCCAAGUUUGGUGCCUAAAAAGGUGCUGGAAAUACAGCUCAGGGUUACUAAAAAAAUACCGAUUUCUGGUGCUUAAAAAGUUGCUGGAAAAACAGUGACAGAUCACUAAACAACAUAUAAUUUUGGUGGCUAAAAAGACUCUGGAACAAUAUCAGCUCGUUAUAAAACACCCAAUUUUGGAGACUAAAAAAUGCUGAAAAAACAGUGACAGGUCACUAAACAACAUCCAACUUUGGUGCCUAAAAAGGCGCUGGAAAAACAUUGACAGUUUGCUAUAAAACACCCAAUUUUGGUGGCUAAAAAGACACAGGAAAAACAGCUUCAGGUCACAUAUACACCUGUUUGGUGCCUAAACAGUGAGUUGUAAAAUAGUGACAGGUUGCUAUAAAACAACCAAUUUGGUGCCUAAAAAGGCCCGGGAAAAACAGCAUCAGGUCACUAAAUACACCUGUUUGGUGCCUAAAAAGUGUGUUGUAAAACAGAGACAGUUUGCUAUAAAACAGACAAUUUUGGUGCCUAAAAGGGCACUGGAAAAACAUUGACAGAUUGCUAUAAAACACCCAAUUUUGGUGCCUAAAAAGAUACUGGAAAAACAGCUUCAGGUGGC